AUGAAAAGUAGCCUGUCGCUUUGUCAACGUGCGGCCAACGCGGCCUCCAAGUACGAGCGCUACGUUCCGAGUUGCGGCGUUUUCCCCCUGGGGUUUAAAGUGGGUUCCAUCGCCACGGGGGUCAAGAAAAAUGGGCAGCUUGAUUUGGGUGUGAUCCUAAGUACGUAUGAGCGCGAGGGGGGGGCAACUGCUGCGGCGGUGUUCACGACGAACAAAUUCAAGGCGGCGCCUGUGGUAGCUUCUAAGGAGCGCCUGGCGAAGUCUGAGGGGCGGGGAAUUAGCGCUAUUGUGGUCAACUCAGGAUGCGCCAAUGCCGUAACGGGCGCAGUUGGACUGGAAAACGCAAACAAGGUUGUCCAGCUGGUGGAGCAGCAGCUUGGUAGGAAAGAUACGACCUUGCUGAUGUCCACUGGCGUUAUAGGCCAGCACCUAUCGAUGGAUAAGAUCGAGCACGGGCUGGGCACUCUAUUGAACAAUGAUGACGCAUUUGGUAACGACUUCAGUUCAUGGCUAUCGCUGUCCAAAGCCAUGAUGACUACAGACACGUUCCCUAAACUAAUCAGCUCUCGAUUUACUUUGCCAGGUGGGACUACGUACACCCUCACAGGAAUAUCGAAGGGCGCCGGGAUGAUUUGUCCCAACAUGGCGACGCUGCUGGGUUUUAUUGGGACUGACUUGCCCAUUAGCCCCUCAGCUUUACAGAACAUUCUAUCAUCCGCGGUCGAUCGCUCGUUCAAUUGCAUAUCAGUCGAUGGCGAUAUGAGUACCAACGAUACCAUCUACAUGCUUGCAAGCGGCGCCAUCGAUACCGAUUUGAUAACGGAGUCAAGCGAGUCUUUUCCUCUAAUAAAGGCGCAAGUUACGGAACUGGCGCAGAAUUUGGCCCAGCUGGUAGUACGUGAUGGGGAGGGAUCUACGAAGUUUGUCACAGUCCAUGUGAAGCGCGCGCUAAAUUUCGCUGACGCCAAGGUCAUUGCAAAGACUAUUUCAAAUUCCAGUUUAGUUAAGUGUGCGUUAUAUGGGCAAGAUGCUAACUGGGGUCGUAUCCUAUGUGCUAUCGGGUAUGCACAGCUGGGCGAUUGCGCAUCGCUCGAUGAAAGCACCCUAAAUGUGUCCUUUGUCGGUGUUGGUGACUCAAAGGGAGCUGAACUAAAUCUUGUUGUGGACGGCGUGCCCAACGUUAAUAUAAAUGAGUCAAAGGCAGCCACAAUGCUGGCUGAUACAGAUCUUAAGAUUGUAGUCGAUCUCGGCACAGGCACGGAAGAAUGCAACUUCUGGACCUGCGACCUUUCACAUGAAUAUAUCAGCAUAAAUGCCGACUAUCGUUCCUGA